CUCUGUUCCAGGCCUAGAGUGUUCUGUCCCAGGUCUAGAGUCUUCUGUUCCAGGUCUAGAGUGCUCUGUUCCAGGUCUAGAGUGCUCUGUUCCAGGUCUAGAGUGUUCUGUUCCAGGUCUAGAGUGCUCUGUUCCAGGUCUAGAGUGCUCUGUUCCAGGCCUAAAAUGUCCCCAGAGGUAGAUCCUCAUUCUUCUCUGACAUCACCUAACUGCUGGCAACAUAACUGGCUUCUCUUUUCUGCCAAGUGCCUGUUCUCCCUCAUUCAUGCAGAGGCCUCAUGAAACUCCUCUCCUCUCGCAGCACUGCAAUGCAACAACACCGCCCCCUUCUGUGAUGUCACUGCUGACUCCACCAGUAGGGGCGUGUCCUGACACAAGAUCUUCCAUCCAGCUUAGACUAGCCUGCUGCUCUAGGGGGAGGAGAGCUUUGACACUGCAGCGUGCAGAGAUAAUAAUGGGGAAUGCACAGGAUAAGCCCUCUGGAACCGGGGGGGCUAAAACGGACCAGGCCACCCCAGGAUUCAGGAGGAGAAGCAGGGCCGGGAGUACGGAGAAGCCCAGGGCAGGGAAGGGUCCCCCAGAGAAGGGGUCGGUGGCCAACGGAGCCACCCAGGGGGACAGGAACCAGAGUAAGGACAUCCCACCAGACACCAGCUAUCUGGACGCCCCCGCUGGAACCCUGCCGCCCCACCUGGGCCGGCUCAAGAACGAGGGUAACCACCUCUUCAAAAAUGGACAGUUUGCAGAUGCUGUGGAGAAAUACUCUGCGGCCAUCGAUGGCUGCUGUGACGCAGGUAUAGAGAGUGGAGAGGAUCUGUGUAUUCUCUACUCUAACAGAGCUGCUUGCUACCUGAAGGAUGGGAAAAACAUGGAGUGUAUCCAGGACUGUACCAGGGCAUUGGAGCUGAAGCCCUUCUCCCUGAAGCCCCUCCUCCGCAGGGCCAUAGCCUGUGAGUCAAUGGAACGUUACCGACAGGCCUAUGUGGAUUUUAAGACGGUUCUGCAGAUAGACAUCGGGGUGCAGGCGGCACAUGACAGUGUCCACAGGAUCACCAAGCAGCUUAUAGAGCAGGACGGUCCUGACUGGAGACAGAAGCUUCCGGAGAUCCCUCUAGUCCCACUGUCAGCUCAGCAGCACCACAGGCAGAAAGACCCCAGCGCUGAGCUGGUCCAGGCUAGAGAAGCUAAAAAAGCAGAGGCCCGCUUCGCCUCUCUCAAAACAGAAGGAAAUGACCAUGUGAGGAAAAGCCAGUUCCGUGACGGUAUAGAGAAGUACAGUGAAUGCCUUAAGAUCAAACCUGACGAGUGUUCCUGCUUUACCAACAGAGCUAUCUGUUACCUGAGACUGGGCUGUUUUGAAGAGGCCAGACAGGACUGUGACUCCGCCCUCAAGCUGGAACCAACCAAUAAGAAGGCCUUCUAUAGACGGGCGCUGGCGUUUAAAGGCUUACAGGACUACCUGUCUUCCAGCAGUGACCUCCAGGAGGUUUUACAGCUGGAUCCUAACGUCCAGGAGGCUGAACAGGAGCUGGAGACUGUGACGGGGCUGCUCAGACAGAGCCUCAUGGACGGAGCCCAACACACACCCAGGGUUUGAUGUCAGAGAUGCGACUGCCACAGAAGACUGUAUAGGAGCCUGAUGAAGAGAGAGACUGAUGGAGACCUGGCAGUGGCCACAGGGAAGCUGUUCAGGCCUCAACUCACGAAGGUGAACUAUGCUGGAUGUUGGGCUCUGGCAGGUUCUGACACCAUCUGCCUUCAAAGAGCAUCAUUAAAGCAUCGUGACGACGACGGCGGAGCGUUGUUCAGUAAUUCACGGCAGGCAGCUGCAUCCUUCAUUUCCAUUCUGGAGACUCUAAAGAGACUUUAGAUGCAAUGCAGCUUCUUACAUUUCCAUUUUAGUCAUUUAGUAGACGCUCUCAUCCAGAGCCACUUAUAGUUAGUGCAUUCUUUACCUCGGCAUGCUCAGACUCCCUGCAGCAACACACUGUAGAGAAAGAAUAAGUUCCAAAUGGAACCCUAUUCCCUAUAAAGUGCACUCCAUUAGACCAGGGCCCAUUGGGCUAUAAUCAAAUGUAGUGCACUAUAUAGGGGAUAGAGUGCCAUUUGGAAAACACACAAAUACUUAAAAGCUACAAGUGACUAGUUUUCUUGCAGAAGUAUUUGAUUUCUUCCCACUAACAGCAGAUUACAGACGUUAUUACAGAUUGGAGAGGCGAUCGACAGAAGCUCUAGAAGCACACUGGAACACAAUGUGGGAGAGAUGUGGUGUGCCUUAUUGAGAUUCAAGUUGAACCAUAUAUUUGGGAAGUGUAAUCUGAACCUCAGAGAAAUAACAUCCUUGUAUAUAUGUAAUACACUGCUGCUUUGAUACACUGCAGAGUAUUUUACAUGAGGAAACCAAAAAAUCUGUUGCCACUGUAUUGACAGUCAUGUAUGUACCUUUUGAACCAUAAGGGGGCACUGUUGGCUAGUUAAUGCAUAAUGACAGAUGGACAACUGUGGAAAUCAUGUACUGUAUGCUCUUAAUCUCAGGUUCAGUCUUGGAUGGUCAAUGUUAGCUCUGGUCCAUGGCCUUAGAGGAAUUGUAACAGCCUGGACCAGAGCUAGGUAAAUGUGUAUAAUAGUCAAACACUGAUCUGAUAGUUUUCAGAUGUUGGGUUGCGGUUAGGGUUAUCAUCCUUCAGAUGUUAGGGUUAUCAUCCUUCAUAUGGUGGGUUAGGGUUAUCAUCCUUCAGAUGGUG